AUGUCCAUCAUGAAAGGGUGCACGGAGCCUAAUGUGUACACGGAGGUGCCUGACGGAGGCUGGGGCUGGGUGGUGGCCGCAGCCUUCUUCUUCGUGGAGGUUUUCACCUACGGCAUCAUCAAGAUCUUCGGCAUCUUCCUGCAGGACCUCAUGCACGACUUUGGGGAGACCAACAGUCGCGUGUCCUGGAUCAUCUCCAUCUGUGUUUUCGUCAUGACAUUCACAGCCCCGUUGUCUACUGUCAUGAGUAACCGCUUUGGCUACCGCCCUGUGGUCAUGAUCGGGGGGUUCCUCAUCAGCCUGGGUACCAUCUGCACAGCCUUCACUGGAUCCAUCAACGAGAUGUUCAUCACCACAGGAAUCGUUUCAGGCCUUGGCUACUGCCUUACCUUCCUGCCCACCGUCACCAUCCUCUCGCAGUACUUCAGCAAGCGUCGCUCCCUCGUCACCUCCGUGGCCUCCACCGGAGAGUGUUUCUCUCUGUUUGCAUUAGCGCCAGCCCUCACUGCUCUGAAGGAUUGGAUUGGCUGGCGUUACUGCAUGGUCGUGAUUGGAGUCCUGCAGGCGCUCGUCAUCGCCUGUGGGGCUCUGCUACGACCAAUCAUCAUCCAACCCAAAUCCUCAAAGGAGGAGGGCACAGAUUCACCCCUCAGACAGCCCGAAACAUCGUAUGACCAGGAGAACGAGUUCACCCGCACCUCCUUCAGCUCUGUGGACUCUGGUGUCCAGUCGCUGUCCUCCUCUAGGAUGAACCUGGCCGACAACCAGGGGACAUCCAAGGACGAGGGUGAGCAGGAGCAGGACAUCUUGCCCUCCACCCCACUCAAACAGGCCCAGCAGAAGGAGGAGCAGGAGGAGCAGCCCGUGGUGAGGCGGCCCAAGCUCUUGGACUUCUCCGUGCUCAGGGACGGCGCCUUCGUCUGCUACGCUCUGUUCGGCCUGUGCGCCACGCUCGCUUUCUUCGCUCCUCAGCUCUACGUCAUCGAGCUGAGCGUGAGCAGGGGCGUGGACCGCGACCACGCCGCCUACAUGCUGUCCACCAUGGCCGUGGCCGAGAUCCUGGGCCGGCUGUCCAUCGGCUGCCUGCUUAACCGAAAACCCAUCCGUAAAAUCUACAUCCUGCUGAUCUGCACCGUCCUCCUCUGCAUGGUGCUGGUAUUCUUCACCUGCGUGACGGAGUUCUGGGGACUGGCCGUCUGCUGCUGCCUGUGCGGCUUCCUGACGGGCAUGGUGGCCUCCGCUCACAUCCCCAUGCUGGCCGAGGAGGAUGUGGUGGGCAUCGAGAGGAUGCCGUCCGCCGUCGGCGUCUACGUCUUCAUCCAGAGCUUCGCCGGGUUGGCUGGCCCACCCCUGGGAGGAGUUCUGGUCGAUGUGACCCAGAAUUACGGCUCUGCGUUUUACUCCUGCGCGGCUGGCAUGGGGCUUGCCGCGGUGUUCUUGGGACUGGUACGUCCAGCCAGGACUGGCUUCUGCUGCCAGAAAGUGAGCAGUUCUCAGGAGAAGGACUGUGAGAAAGAGACUGAAAGCACCUCACAGAACCAUGAUAACCACCCUGUAGACUUCUUAGAGGUGGACCUGGCUUUGGAGAGUAGUCCAGCAAAGAGCCAGUGUGACCUGUCUCCAGUCUGAACACUGAUCAACCCCUAGUG